AUGUGUGUUUUAUUGUUUUUGCCCUUUUAUAUUAAACUUUUUUCCUUUUUUUCCUUUUCUUUUUCAACUAUUUCAUCUAUCUAUUCAUUCAUUCAUCUAUUCAUUAUCUAUCUAUGUAAAACUCCGACUGUUACCAAAUCAUCUAAUCUAAUCUCACUGUCUGUCUGUCUAUCUGUCUGUUCAUUUCUCUCUUUCUUUCUUUCUUUCUUUCUUUCUUUCUUUCUUUCUUUCUUUCUUUCUUUCUGUCUGUCUAUCUGUGUCUUUCUUUCUUUCUUUUUUUCUUUCUUUCUUUCUGUCUGUCUGUCUGUCUGUCUGUUUCUUUUCUUUUCUUUUUCUUUCUUUCUUUCUUUCUUUCUUUCUUUCUUCUGUCUGUCUGUCUGUUUCUUUCUUUCUUCCUUUCUUUCUUUCUUUCUUUCUUUUUUCUUUCUUUCUGUCUGUUUCUUUCAUUCUUUCUUUCUUUCUUUCUUUCUUUCUUUCUGUCUGUUUCUUUCAUUCUUUUUUUCUUUCUUUCUUUCUUUCUAUCUGUGUCUUUCUUUCUUUCUUUCUUUCUUUCUUUCUUUCUUUCUGGCUGUCUGUCUAUCUGUCUGUUUCUUUCUUUCUUUCUUUCUUUCUUUCUUUUUUCUUUCUUUCUGUCUGUCUAUCUGUCUGUUUCUUUCUUUCUGUCUUUCUUUUUUUUUUCUUUUUCUUUUUCUCUUCUUUCAUUCGUUCAUUCGUCUUUUCUUUCUUUUUCUUUCUUUCUUUCUUUCUUUCUAUCUGUUUCUUUCUUUCUUUCUGUCUGUCUCUUUCUUUCUUUCUUUCUUUCUUUCUGUUUCUUUCUUUCUUUCUGUCUGUUUCUUUCUUUCUUUCUCUCUUUCUUUCUUUCUUUCUUUCUCAGUCUAUUCAUAUAUAUCUAUCUUAGUCUAUUCAUAUCUAUCUAUCUCAGUCGAUGGAAUCAUCCUUUCAUAG